AUGGCGAUAACGGGCUAUUCGUCAUUUGAAUUAGUUGGUCAAUCAGGGUUGCUUCAUGGUAAAGGUACAUUGUUAUAUUAUCGUUUUUUAUCAAAAGGUCAUGAAUGGAUAUGGCUAAAAACGAAAGCAUUCGUAUCGUUAAAUAAUUGGACAUCAAAACCAGAAUAUUUUCUUUGUAAUCAUCAAGUUUGCAGUUAUGGUUUGCCAAAAGAGGAUCUCGCUGCCGUAUUGUCUUGUACAAGCAAUACUAAUACCUCUAAUGAUGAUCAGGAAAAAACGACACCAGCGAAUGCUUUGACAAAGGUGAUUAAAAAUAUCGAUACACAAUCAUUUCGUAAUCUUUUACGUUCAACUUUGAAUGAUAUGCAUAAACGAAUAUUGGUUCACAUUCGUUCAGAAGAAAAUCAAUUAAAACAAAUUGAAGAAUUACUUGCCUAUAUCGAUAAAUAUGAAAAACAACAAAAUACUCAAUCAACUGUGAUAAAUAAAGAAGUUGAACGUAUUUAUAAUGAUUUACUAUGUGAAUUUUCCGGUGGAAAAAGUAAUACCAACGAUAUUAAUUCAGGUUUAUUUCCGAAAACAGGCAAUGAUAAGGUUAAAAUCAGAACCCAAUCACCGUUACAGUUGAUGAAAGAUGUUGAUGAUGAAAACGACGACAUACUUGAAAUAGUGUCAGAUAUUAACGAAAUUACAAAAGAAAAUCUAGACUCUAUUUGGCCGCACGGAGACACUAUAAAAUCAGCGCAGUUAGAUAAUCUAACCGAAUUAUUAAGAACAACACCAAGUGACAUUGUCAUUCCAUCAGUUAACGCACUGGAAUCGAAAAGCGCAGCACACAUCGUAGAACCAGAUGAUCAACCAGCGUUAACAAUACCAUCAGUAUUGCCUUCGUGUUUCUCAGCUCACCAACAAAAACCAUUUCAUCCUAAUCCAGAAGUACAACAAUCAAUGUCUUCUAUAGUGAACUUUCCGUCCUCAUCACAACAAAAGCCAGCAAACUGUACAAAUCUCUCACAUUCUUAUAUACCGCGGUCAUUACCUCAAAGUCUAUUAUUAUACAGAUCAAUCCCAACGCAACAAUCUUAUCAUACUUCACCUAAAUCGCCAGUAAAAGAUGCUGCUUCCAUCCCUUACUACGUUCCAGUUGCCACUCCUCAAGAAGAGCAGUAA